AUGAUGUUAUCGGCGUCGCCGAACACACUAGCGAAAAGCUCUCUGGAGGAGAUGCUUGAGUCUCUCCGGCAGAAAGAUGAGUGCCAGCAGCAGCAGCCUAGAGAUAUCCCUCCGGCGCUUCCUUCUCGCCCUAACUCAAGGGCUCGUCUUCCCUCUGCUCGCCGCUCUCUUCCGGCGAAUUUCAGUGUAUCUAGUGUGGUGGAUGAUCAGAAUCAGAACGGGAGUGUUGCUUCCAAGCAGCCUGAACAGGAGAAGAGAGAGGAAGGGAAGAGGAAAGUGAAGGAUUUAAGAGUUCCCAGGAAGAGUUUCGGAAGCAAGAAGAUGAGGAAUGGUUAUAGAUCAGAGUCUCCGUACGCUGCAGAGAAGGAGGAGGAGGAUGAAGUUGUGAAGGUGGCUGCUGCUGCUGCUGCUGCUAAGGUUAGUGCGGUGGAGAACGUGGAGGAGGAGCAGAAACCUGAGUGGAACGAUAAUGUUGAGUAUUUCAUUAAGAAGAAACUACGAGUUUGGUGCCGGGUUGCAAAUGGGCAGUGGCAGUUGGGGAAGAUACAGUCUACUGCUGCUGAUACGUCGCUUGUUAUGUUAUCCACCGCAAAUGUUGUGGAAGUGUCUACUGAGGAGCUCUUUCCUGCAAACCCAGAUAUUUUGGAAGGUGUUGAAAACCUUAUACAGCUGAGCUAUUUAAAUGAACCGUCUGUUCUUUAUAACCUUCGUGUCAGAUACUCGCAAGACGUGAUUUAUAGCAAAGCAGGGCCAGUAUUGAUUGCGGUCAAUCCGUUCAAGAGUGUUGACAUAUACGGAGAUGAUUUCAUCUCAGCUUACCAGACGAAGGCUGUGGAUGCUCCUCAUGUAUAUGCUGUGGCAGAUGCAGCUUAUGAUGAGAUGAUGAGAGAAGAGAAGAACCAGUCUAUUAUUAUAAGUGGAGAAAGUGGAGCUGGGAAAACCGAAACUGCGAAAUUUGCAAUGCAGUAUUUGGCAGCUCUUGGUGGAGGUAGCUGUGGAGUAGAAUAUGAAAUCCUCAAGACAACUUGCAUACUCGAAGCUUUUGGGAACGCUAAAACAUCAAGAAAUGCUAACUCUAGCAGAUUUGGUAAACUCAUAGAAAUCCAUUUUAGUGCAAUGGGAAAGAUAUGUGGAGCCAAACUUGAAACUUUAUCCUUUGACCAGUCAAGAGUUGUUCAGCUGUGCAAUGGCGAAAGAUCCUACCACAUAUUUUAUGAGUUUUGUGCAGGUGCUUCCCCGGCUCUCAAAGAGAGGUUGAAGCUUAAAACCGCAAGUGAGUAUACCUACCUAAACCAGAGUGAUUGCUUGACCAUCGACCGUGUUGAUGAUGCUCAGAAAUUUCGCAAGCUACUGGAAGCUUUUGACAUUGUUCAAAUCUCUAAAGAACAACAAGAGCGUGUAUUUGCAUUGCUUGCGGCGGUGUUGUGGCUAGGGAAUGUAUCUUUCCGAGUUACUGACAAUGAAAAUCAUGUGGAGGUGGUCGCCGAUGAAGCUGUCACCAAUGCCGCUAUGUUAAUGGGGUGUAACUCAGAAGAGCUUAUGGUGGUUUUGUCUACCCGUAAACUUCAAGCUGGUACAGAUUGUAUUUCAAAGAAACUGACGUUGCGGCAGGCAACCAACAUGAGAGACGGGAUAGCAAAAUUUAUUUAUGCAAGUAUUUUCGACUGGCUUGUUGAGCAAAUAAACAUCGCACUGGAAGUCGGUAAAUCCCUUACAGGGAGGUCUAUAAGCAUCCUUGAUAUAUAUGGGUUUGAAUCAUUUAAGAAUAAUAGCUUCGAACAGUUCUGUAUAAACUAUGCAAAUGAAAGGUUGCAGCAACACUUCAACCGGCACUUAUUUAAACUUGAACAAGAGGAAUAUGAAGAGGAUGGAAUUGAUUGGACGAAGGUCGAAUUUGUAGACAAUCAAGAGUGCUUAGAUCUAAUUGAAAAGAAACCCAUUGGUUUAUUGACCCUACUAGACGAGGAAUCAAAUUUUCCGAAAGCAACUGAUUUGACUUUCGCCAACAAGCUCAAGCAACAUUUGAAGACCAACUCUUGCUUCAAAGGAGAGAGGGGUCGAGCCUUCAGAGUUAAUCAUUAUGCUGGAGAGGUUCUCUACGAUACAAAUGGGUUUUUGGAAAAGAACAGGGAUCCGUUACCUGCUGAUCUUAUCAAUCUUUUAUCAUCAUGUGACUGCGAGUUACUGAAAUUGUUUUCUACUAAAAUGCGUGGCAAAUCUCAGAAGCCGCUUAUGUUAUCGGACUCCACAAAUCAAACCGUUGGGACUAAGUUCAAGGGCCAACUUUUCAAGUUGAUGAAUAAGUUAGAGAACACAAGUCCUCACUUCAUUAGAUGCAUAAAGCCAAAUUCGAAGCAGCUUUCCAGAGUUUAUGAAGAGGAUCUUGUGCUCCAACAGCUUAGAUGUUGUGGCGUGCUGGAGGUUGUUAGAAUAUCAAGAUCCGGAUAUCCUACUCGUUUGACACAUCAAGAGUUUGCAGGAAGAUACGGUUUCUUAUUGUCAGACAAAAAUGUCUCUCAGGAUCCUUUGAGCGUAUCAAUCGCUGUUCUAAAACAGUACGAAGUUCAUCCUGAGAUGUAUCAAGUUGGCUAUACAAAAUUGUACCUACGAACUGGUCAAAUUGGUGUCUUUGAAGAUAGGAGAAAGAAGGUUCUUCAAGUCAUAGUGUGCUUACAAAAGCAUUUCCGUGGUCGCUUGUCUCGUGAAUACUUCCAAAAUGUGAGAAACGGAGCUUUGGUACUUCAGUCGUAUGUACGAGGUAAAAAUGCUCGACGAAUGGUUGAUAUUAAAGCAAAGAUCCAUGCGGAGUCCCUUUCUGAAGCAAGGGCAGGAGAGUUAACUGCAGUCAUAAACUUGCAAUCUGCGGUUCGGGGAUGGUUGGCUAGGAAACGCUUCAGCAGCAUGCAAAGACAGAAAGAACUUCUUGAUGUGACGACCAAAUCAAAGAGGAAAGCGGGCAGGAGGGUUUCAGAAGACAAGGAAUUGCCGCUGGAGCAGUUCCAAGUUCAACCAUCAGCUAUGUCUGAUCUCCAGAAGCGGGUUUUGAAAUCUGAAGAAGCUUUAGCGCAGAAGGAAGUAGAAAACAAAGCACUGAGAGAGCAGUUGAGACAAUUUGAAGAGAGAUGGUCAGAGUAUGAAGUAAAGAUGAAGUCGAUGGAGGACACUUGGCAAAAACAAAUGUCAUCGUUACAGAUGAGUCUUGCAGCUGCUCGAAAGAGUCUAGCUACAGAAAACAAUCCAGUUCAAGCAGGAGGAAGACAAGACGCAUCGAUGUCACCUUUUGGCUAUGACUCGGAGGACACAAUGUCUAAUGGAACUACUCCGGGAGUGAGAACUCCCACAACUAAGUUCAGCAACGGAAACACUCCAGAACUCAGAAUCAGAGAGCUCAACGGAAGUUUGAACGCGGUUAAUCAUCUGGCAAGAGAGUUUGAUCAAAGGAGACUAAAUUUUGACGAAGAUGCUAAAGCUAUUGUUGAAGUGAAAGGUGGACCGCAGGCAACUCCCAACGGGCAGCAACAGCCAGAAGAUGAGUUUAGGAGACUGAAGCUAAGAUUUGAGACAUGGAAGAAAGAUUACAAAGCUAGAUUAAGAGAGACUAAAGCAAGACUCCAUAGUGAUAAAGGUCGUCACCGGAAAUGGUGGGGCAAAAGAGGCUAA